GCCUCGCCUCGCCUAUUUUCCGUUUUCCGACCUUCUCAUUGGCCAUAGGGCGGGGCCCAUGCCCAUCAGCCAAGUUGAUUUGACCAUGGCAAAUUUUAGCUAGCAAAACGUGGCGGCCGAAUAACACCACCAAAGGGACACGGAAGCAGAGCCAAAGACCCGCUUUGUCGUUUGAGAGUUAGGUCGAUUUCGUCUGAAACCUCUUCAAUCUUAUCUUCUUCCUCUCACAACUCUAUACGCAGAAAGAGUCAAAACUCAUCUUUUAUAGCUUCAAUGGAGGUGAAGCGCAGAACUGCUCGAUUGCUGGUAUCCAAACUAAGCUCUGUUUCUGAGAAAACCCGAGCCGAAGCCUUAGCCGAGCUGCGACUCAUCACCAAACACGACGCCGAUAGCCGCCAAAUUAUCGCCGAAGCUGGUGCUAUUCCUUACUUAGCUGAGACGCUUUAUUCUUCUUCUCAUGAUUCACAAGAGAAUGCUGCUGCCACCCUCCUUAACAUCUCUAUCUCUUCCCGCGAAUCCCUCAUGUCCACCCGGGGUCUUCUCGAUGCGCUUGCUCACGCUCUCAGCCACCAUGCUACUACCACUGCCCCAACUGCCAUUCAAUCUUCUGCUGCCACGUUGCACAGCCUCCUUGUUGUCGAUUCUUACCGGCCUAUCAUUGGAUCCAAACGUGACAUCGUUUAUUCCUUGAUAGAUAUACUCAAAACACCUAAGUCGCCGCCGCGGUCAAUUAAAGACGCCUUAAAAGCCUUGUUUGGAAUUGCUUUAUAUCCUUUGAAUAGAUCAACACUGAUUGAUCUUGGGGCGGUCCCUGCGUUGUUUUCUUUAGUUUUGAAAGACGGGAGAGUGGGAAUAGUGGAGGACGCGACGGCGGUGAUAGCGCAAAUUGCGGGAUGCGAGGAGAGUGAGGAAGAAUUUGCUAAAUUUUCAGGGGUGGGAAUUUUGGUGGACUUGCUGGAUCUAGGGACAGGGUCCAGUGAGAGAAUAAAGGAGAAUGCUGUGGCGGCAUUGUUGAAUUUGGUGAGGAGUGGAAGGGAGGGAGUGGUUGGGAAUGUGAGAGAAAUGGCGGCGGGAGUGGUGGAAGGGAUCAAGGAAGUGGUGGAGCAUGGAAGCGCCAAAGGGAAGAGUAAAGCUAUUGCAUUGUUGGAGGUGAUUGAGGACGGAUCAAGCAACACCAGUUUGCGGUUUGAUUCUUUACAAUCUUCAUAAAUUGAUGGCUUCUGGAUUGCAUUCGGUUAGUUAGUUCUUUCUCUUAUACUAAAGAAUUGAUUUCUUUUUAGUUUUAGAUGUAUAUUGUACAAAGUAGCUGCUGAAUUUCUAUUCAUAAUAGCACAUGAAAAGGUAAAGAGAGGAAUGUAGAUUGACAAUGGAAUGAUAAUAAUAUUAAUGAUUGUAAAUUUUAUCUCUCACUGGUUUUACAUUUUCUGAACGUUUUUCUUUAA